AUGUACAACUAUAAAGCAUAUAUAACAACUUUAUUAAAUUAUGGGACAGAUUCCAGUCAAACUCAUUUGGAAGCAUCCGGUUGGGAACUGGAUAAGCCUAAUGUUAAUGAUUCAAAUAAUUCCGGCUCUAAGUCUAGACAAAAGUUAUAUAGCAAUUCUGCAAUUGUAGAAUUAAUGGGGAAAUUGCAUGUGGAUUUCUUCAAUACACCAAAAUUACUUAUAAAUAACGUUGACAUUAGAAUAGCAUUAACAUUAGAAAAACAAGAUUUUUUUAUUUUUUUCAAUGAUACUGAUGAAAGUUAUCUGAAAAUUCUUGAAGCAACUUUAUAUAUGAAACAUUUGACAAUUAACCCAAACAUAUUGCUAGCACACAAUACAGUGCUUGAAAAAGCAAAUGCAAAAUAUCCGUAUAUUAGAAGUGAAAUUAAAACAUUUACCAUUCCGGCAAAUACAUCCAAUAUUUCAUUAGACAAUGUGUUUAUAGGACAGAUUCCAAAUGCUAUUGUAUUUUGCAUGGUAAGCAAUGAAAAUUUUAAUGGAAAUAGGUCAAAAAAUCCUUAUUAUUUUGAUCAUCAAAAUCUGACACAAUUUCAACUUUAUGUAAAUGGCGCACCAGUUCCCAAUUCACCAAUUGAAACAAGUUUCUCAACACACAAUUUCUGCAAUUCGAGGGCGUACUUAACGCUAUUCAGUGGAACAGGCAUACAUCAUUCUGACAAAGGUCAUCAAAUUUCAAAAGAGCUUUUUACAAAAGGAUACACAAUUCUUGCUUUCGAUUUAUCACCAGAUGGUUUGGGGACCGACACAUGUCAAGCACUCCUGAACCAAGGAGUUGUCAAAAUUGAAGCAAGACUUAGUUCUCCGUUAUCUUCAACAUUGACUUGCAUUGUUUUUGCUGAAUUUGAUGCAAGCAUAGAAAUUGACAAAAAUCGAAACGUCUACGUAAACAUAUAA